AUGGCGGACGCCGGCUUGCCUCGCGUGCUUCCCAGCGACCUCUAUCCCCUCAUUCUCGGGUUCCUGCGGGAUAACCAGCUGUCAGAAGUGGCCAACAAGUUCGCCAAGGCCACAGGCGCUACCCAUCAAGAUGCCAACGCCUCUUCCCUCUUGGACAUCUAUAGUUUUUGGCUCAAGUCCACCAAGGCCCCAAAAAGGAAGUUACAGGCAAAUGGGCCAGUAAUUAAGAAGGCUAAGACGAAGUCUUCAUCUAGUGACAGCAGUGAAGAGAGCAGUGAAGAGGAAGAAUCCCAAGUGCCUCCAGCCAAGAAAGCUGCAGUAGCUGCUAAGCGGGCAGAUCUGCCUCAGCGUCCUGGAAAGGCUGCAGCUAAAGCAUCAGAGAGCAGCAGCAGUGACGACUCCAGUGAUUCAGAGGAAGAGGAUGACAAAAAGAAAAAACCUGUCCAGAAAGGAGUUAAGCCCCAAGCUAAAGCAGUCAAAAUUCCCCCGAAGAAAGCUGAGAGCUCUGAUUCUGAUUCUGAGUCUGAUUCGAGCUCAGAGGAUGAGGCACCGAAGAAUCAGAAGCCAAAGGCAACCCCGGUAGCAGCUAAAGCCCAAGCUAAAGCCCCCACCAAACAAGGAACACGAACUCAGGCAGCACCUAAAGUUGCUAAUGGGAAAGCAGCUAGCAGCAGCAGCAGCAGCAGCAGUAGCAGUGAUGACUCAGAGGAUGAGAAGCCAGCAACUAUCUCUAAGAAGACUUUACCCAAAACCCAAAUCGUGACCAAGCCUCCCGUGAAAGCUGCUGCCACCCCCACCCCAAAGAGUUCAAGUAGUGAGGACUCCUCCAGUGAGGAGGAAGAAGAGCAGAAGAAACCUGUAAAGAAAAAACCAGGUCCUUACAGUUCCGUCCCCCCACCUUCUGUUCCCCUCCCAAAGAAGUCCUCUGCCACUCAGCCUCCUAAGAAACCCACAAAGAAGAAAGAGCCUGAGGAAAGCAGUGAGGACAGCAGUGAUGAGUCUGAUUCAAGCUCUGAGGAUGAGAAGAAACUCCCACCUAAAGCAGCCGUCUGUAAAGUGACUCCUAAAUCGGCUCCAGCCAAGAAGACAGCAGAGAGUUCUAAGCUGCAAACCCCUAAGGCCAAUGGCACCCCUGCACUGACUGCCCAGAAUGGAAAAGUAGGUGGAGAGGAAGAGGAUGCAGUGGUGGUUUCCAAGCCAGGAAAGAAACGGAAGCAAAAUGAGGCUGCAAAGGAGACAAGCACUCCUCAAGUGAAAAAGCAGAAGCUCGAGACCCCCAACACAUUUCCAAAAAGGAAGAAAACUGAGAAAAGGGCAUCAUCCCCAUUUCGAAGAGUCAGAGAAGAGGAGAUUGAGGUAGAUGCACGAGUGGCAGAUAACUCCUUUGAUGCCAAGCGAGGUGCAGCUGGAGACUGGGGGGAACGAGCCAAUCAGGAUCUGAAGUUCACCAAAGGUAAAUCCUUCCGGCAUGAGAAAACUAAGAAGAAGCGAGGCAGCUACAAGGGAGGUGCCAUCUCUGUACAGGUCAAUUCCAUUAAGUUUGACAGUGAGUGA